AACAUCGUAAAUUUAACAAGUGAUCAUAACAAGCAAUCAUUCAAGCGAACUCUAUCGGAGCUGAGCAGAGUCGGUCAAUUUCUGGUACAUUGCACUGAAUUUUAUCAACAUGGAUGUCAGAACAGUGCUGCUUGAUUUUCGGGUGGAAUCAGAGAUACUUGAUAAUUUGUGUCAGACAGGGUCAAAGAUCAAUGAACAGUUGAAGGGUGCUCUCUCAUCAGUUGGCCUUGGUGAUAACAUGCAGGUCCAUUCCAGCGGAGAACAGUUUUUCAUCUGCAGUUUUGGGCACGCAAGGAGUGCAAUGUUCAGCGGUCACCGCCCCGACCUUGUGACCCUGACCUUCCAGUACGACAGAAAGGCCAAGCCAUCUCCCACGAACGAGAAUCUUCCUGUGCUAGAGGAAGGUAGCAUGGAAGCUUUGAAGGAGGAGCUGAAGAAAGUGUUCAACCCAAAGAAAUGUAAACUGUUUCCGGAGAUUUCGAGAGGCGCGGCCGUCGAUCGGUACAUCCCAACCGCAGACAGAAGGCUUGUAGAAUAUGACUUUGAUGCUGCGACGUUUGAAGCGGACUCUGAAUAUCAGAACGUCAAGAUCAUGCAUUCACCGCAGUACGGUAACAUGCUGAUUCUUGAUGACGAUCCAAAUCUAGCUGAGAGUGAUCUUGCUUACACCCAGGCCAUCACCGGUAACGGGAGAGAGUCCUACACCGGUAAAGAGGUUCUCAUCCUUGGGGGCGGAGACGGGGGCAUCCUACAUGAAGUCCUCAAGGAGAAUCCUAAAUCCAUCAUUAUGGUGGAAAUAGAUAAGGUUGUUAUAGAUGCUGCUGUCAAGCACCUGCGAGGGAUCUGCUACGACUCCAUGGACUCGCUGACAGGAGACAAUUAUGAGGUUAAAGUAGCUGACUGUAUACCCAUCAUGCAACAGUACAUCGCAGAUGGCAAGAUGUUUGAUUACAUCAUCAAUGACCUAACGGCCAUUCCUAUUACUACAGAACCAAGAGGAAGCCAGUGGGACUUCCUUCAUCUAAUCCUAGAUCUUUCAAUGCAACUUCUGAAGCCAACAGGGAAAUAUUUCACUCAGGGCAAUGGUUUCAACAACAAGUCAGCGCUGGCCAUGUAUGAGGAGCAGCUGGGCAAACUGAAAUACAAAGUGAGCUUCAGCAAGGAAAAUAUCUGUGUGCCAUCCUAUCUGGAAAUGUGGGUAUUCUACGAGAUCUGGAAGGAAGCCGACACAUAAAACAUCGAUGGGAUGAUGAUAUUGCAUAUCAUGCUGACUAUCCCUUUCAAUGCUUCUUUGCCUCUAAGGUUUUAAGGAAUUGCCAAAAAUUAUACAUGUACCUCAAAAAUUUUAUAUGGUCUUUUGAUUUCAGUACUGAUUUGAAUAUGGGCAAUGGUUCUCACAUUGAUUUUUUUUUAGAUAUAAAGAAAACUUUCACCUUUAGGCAGCUAUCCCAAGGACAUUUAACCCGGACUACGACAGUAUUAGUAACCCGGGGGAUCUCCAAGGAGAUAGUUGCAAUUGGCUUUGUAGGUUUCCCAUUGCCUUCAGGAGAGAAAAUAUGUCGUUCGUGAUAAUGAUAUGGGGGAAUUUUUAAAUGGCUGAAUUAAGGAUAUCAUAUUCAUAAUCCCCAAAUUGGCUUGGCUAUAGUUUUUUUUCAAAUCUCCUCUUUUUUCCCCCUUUUUCUUUAUGCUUCAAAAGCAUUCUAUUUCUUCAUGAUCGACGCCGUGGAGCAUUGUCCUUGAAAUAUAUUUGUAAUAGAAUUGGACGUGAUUAUCACAAUGUUAAUGCAGCUUUAUGUAAAAUGAAGUGUAUUUACUAAAUUGUUCUCGAAGGAAAUGCUGCCUGUUUUUAGUAAUACUCAAAAUAAGUCAUGAUGCAUCUUAAUGGAGUAUUUCAGAAUAUGUCGGGAUCAAGUACAUUGUUUUUUCAAAAUGUCCCACGUGAGUACUUCCGUUUUGGCGAUAUGUCAGGGAUUGUGGUUUUAGCUAAGUAUAUUUAACUCACAAACCAUGGGAACCAGGGCCCCGUUUCAUAAAACUUGUUCAAUAACAGAUGCUAGAAUUCUAUGACAAAGUUGCUCUCAGCCAAUCAAAUGCCACGAUUCCGUAGCUUAUAACAAGUUUUAUGAAACAGGGCCCAGGUGUCUCCUGUAUUAAGCCUAUGGGAAUAAGGGAUUCAUUUGUCUGUGGGUUAAACGACUCUAUUUAAAGGUACUAUGUCCCAUUUGCAGGCCAAAAAAA